AUGGUUAGAUCUGGUUAUUGUUAUGUGAUGCGUAUGUCGAUGAAGGAAGAGAGGUGUCAGGCCCAGGGAGAUUGGGAUAGUGCGUGGAGUGCACAAGUUCCUCCAAAAGUGUGGAAUCUAAUUUGGAGGAUUUGUAGAAGUUGUUUACCAACUCGAGAUCGGCUAAAUGCAUGCCAUGUUUUCUGCCCUUUACAUUAUGAGCUGUGUGAAAAUUAUGUUGAAUCAGAUUGGCAUGUCUUUUUUGAUUACCAUACAAGUGCAGAUUGUUGGACAGUAACAGGAUUGGCUACAACUCUACAGUCUCAGUUGGCUCGCUUCGAUUCGGUUGGAGCAGUUCUAUUGGAUGUUUGUGUGUGUGAGCCAGAGAGCACUGUUAGUCGAGUGUUGAUGAUUAUAUGGGGAAUUUGGCAGAACCUGAAUUAUUUUAUUUGGAAUCAGAAGCAGUCAAGAGCAGGACAGAUUGUUAACGCUGUGCAAAUGAUGCAUGCUGAAUGGCGGAUGGUGCAGAACGCGACUCAGAAUGUUGUAGCAGCAGACAGCCGCGACUGGAACAGACAAGUACUAGCGCAGCGUGACUUCCGGUGUAGCAUGGAUGAUAGUUUCUUUCGAAAUUGUGACAGAACAGGUUAUGGAGGCUGCAUUCGUGGUAGGGAAGGUGACUUUGUGAAGGCUUGGACAGGUUGGAUGCAGCCUGAGAUGCAAGUGUAUGAGGGAGAGGCCGUUGCAUUUCAGACUGUCAUGAGGUUGGUACAGACAAUGGGAGUAUCAAGUGUGACGUUUCUAUGUGAUUCACAAGUGGAUGCAAUUCCUGCGAGCACUGAAGGCUUAUCUGAGUUUAAUGUUCAUGUCAAUAGUACUCGGAGUAUUUUAGCUUUGAAUUGUACCUUUGAGGUUAACUUUAUCGGAAGGCAAGCGAAUAUGAUAGCUCACUCCUUAGCUAGAGCCGCUAUUUCUUAUGCUAAAAUACUUAACUCUAUUGAAAGCCCCAUACAUGAUUGUUUAUUCCUUAAUAGGGUACUUAAAUUGAUGCAAGCUGUUAACCUUGGCACAACCUCGCAGUCUUUUCAGCCUUCUUUGGAACCUAUGGAAGAUGUUGACUAUGUUGUGUUUUCUUACAAGCAUUUGCGUCUUGUACCUUAA